AAUGCGUGGUUGCCAUGGUUACCAUUGAGGAGAGGUCGUCUGCUCUUGGAGUAGCGCAGUAUGGACAUUUAAGAUCAAAUAUAAAGAGCAUUGCGACUCAAUCCUCAUAAAAUUGAUCUGGACAUAGGUUUCAUAAGGAUUAUGCAAUCUUGAAAUUAUUACUCUUCUUAUUGGCUACAAGUUGAAGAUACUUUCUCAUUUAUACGCAAUGUUUAAAUCGAAAACAAAAUCAACUAAGGAUUCGGAUGACGCAAAGGUAACAAAGAAAAUUGUUACCGAAAAAGUAGAAACAACAGGUGGAAUACAGACCAAAACGACCACAAUCACCUGCACGAAAGAUGACUUUGAUUCUGCGUUCAAAACCUUGGACCUUGAUCCCAAAAAGUUCCAUUCAGGGGGGACCAGCGUCACCCGCCAAAUCAUAUACACAGAUAGUUCUGGUAAAAAAGAAGUCAUCGAGGAAACGGUUGAAACGUAUGACAGCCCGGAGAAAUCCGAAAAACCCAAAAAUGGUUCAGAAAGCAAAUCUUUUGCUCAAAAGCUUGGACUCAAUCUCGGCAAAUCUGAUACUACCAAGUCUUCUGAGCCAAAGGCAGCGAAGACAGCCACUGUAAAGCCUGGCCAGUUUGAAAAAGAGUGUUUGGAGGCUCAUAAUGAAUAUCGAAAAGUUCAUGGUGUACCGAUUUUGACUUUAUCAAAAGAAAUUUGCGCCUAUGCAAAAGAAUGGGCAGAUCAUUUAGCUACUACUGACCGAUUCGAACAUCGCAAAGAACACAAAUAUGGUGAAAACAUUUACAUGAAAUGGAGCUCAGAUCCUAAUCACCAAGUUACAGGCAGAGAAGCUGUUGACAGCUGGUAUAGUGAAAUUAAAGAUUUUACUUUUGGGCAGGAGCCAAAGACAUUGAAAUCAGGUCAUUUUACACAGGUUGUUUGGAAAGAGAGUCAGAAGCUAGGAGUUGCCUGGGCUCGAAGCAAAUCAGGAAAAAUUCUUGUGGUUGCCAACUACGAUCCCAAAGGAAAUUUUGUCGGUCAUUUUGCACAAAAUGUACCACCAAAGAAAAAGUAGAAUUUACGAAUCACACUUUUACUAAUAGUUGAUCAUAUUUUCUGGUCUUGUUCAUAACUUAUUUUAAACCUCCUCUUCAAUAUCUUUCUCAAGGCGAUGAACUUGGUGCCAGUUUUGCUUUAGAAACUUUUCCCUGAUCCUGAUUGAUUGAAACGAUAAGUAUAGCAUAAAAUAACGUGAAUUGCUUGCAAAAAAAUGUAUGAACUUCAUUUCUGAAAGAAAUUAACAGAGACAGCGUUACGAAUUGAGAGUUUCUGGUCUUCUAAUUUAGUCCAAAAGCGCUGCGACUUCAAAUUCUCGCAUAGUUACUCCUAUGAACUAUCGCCUUAAACAUAGUAACAGUCUAUAGUCAGUUACACUCUAUUUUUUUUUCAAAUAUUAUACUGAUGCAGUUUUACACCUAUCAUAUAUUUAACCUCUUAAUAGUGACAUAUAUUUCAAAAAAAAUGGACCAAAAAUGGAAAAUGUUUUUGACUUUUUAAUUUUGUUCUAUGUAUUAUUAUAAAAGUUGGAAAAUGGUUUUUUAUUACAAAAAUUUUAAAUGCAAUAACUACUGUAUUUAUCAUUUUUGCAUUAAAAAGUAAUGGAUUACACACACACAUCAUAUUCAACUAGAGCAAAUUGGACAAAAUUUUGAAGCUAAAUAUAAUAUUACUAGUGUAAUAUAAUAUGAAAACACAGCAUUAUGAUUUUCAGUACAUAAAUUUUAGAAAUCUUUUACAGUAUGGUAUAUCCCGAAACCCUUACCUACAUUUUCCCUCCCUCGACUGUCAUAAUCAGUGAAAAGCUAGGACCACUGACGCCAUCUUUUAGGAAAAUAGUGAAUUAAGUAUCCUAAAGUAGAAACGAACUCAGCUCGGGCUUCACAAAAUAGAAACAAAAUUUCCUUUUCAAACUUGAUUACAUGCUGCUACGAUUGGACUUGAAUAGAAACAUGAUUCAGAGUUUACAUUUUACUUAUGUGAUUUUUAUGGUUCAAUGUACAAAUAUUACGAAACAACGUUGAACUAAUUUUUUUUGUGAGUGUGCGCAAAAUUAUAUAAUUCUCUUUCGCAAUUACAUUUUUAAUUCUUCUGUAAAUGCAUGUCCGCAUCAGAUCUCCUAGUCUUGGGUGAUUUUUUCUACAGUUUAAAAUCUAAAUCAUGUUUCCUCAUACUUGAAUUGAAAUAUGGAACUUAUAACCUAUAACCCCAAUGACAAUAUUAUGAUUCCAUUUUAAUAAUUUUGUCUUCAAAUGUAUGUCUUCCUAAUGACCUAAAAGCAUGAUAUUUGUUUUUAUUGAAAAAAUAAAUGUUCUGUUCUUACAAUUUUAUUCAGUUAAAUUUCAGCUCUGAAUUGAAACUGAAAACUGAUAUCAUUCCAUUUUGUUUUACAUGUACAGUUAUUGAAAUCUUUUGAGAGUAUAAAUGUUUAGAUUAUUCCAGUUUUGGAAAUAUCAAUAUUUUUUUGAAAUAAAAUUUUUACUCUAAGUGUU